AUGCCAAUCAAAACAUAUGUGUACAAGAAUGUUGCCGGUAGUGCACCACUGGAACUGGACGUUCAUUACCAGCCGGGCGGCUCAAGCACGCCCAAGCCGAUUGCCAUUUAUUAUCAUGGCGGUAAUUUUGUUGUCGGCAACAAAAGCAUGAUACAGCUCCAGUACGUGCAAAAACUCCUCGACCUGGGUUUUGGAGCGGUUGUUUCGCCGGACUAUAGGCUCUCGCCCACCAUCUCCGCGUUCGACGGAGCGGUUACGGACUCGAGGGAUUCAUAUGCAUGGGCUCAGACUGAGCUGCCCAGCAAGUUUGCCAAGGAUACGGGCGUGAAUCUGGACCCCGAACGUAUGGUAACCUGGGGACAUUCUGCAGGAGGGGCGCUUGCUCUUCUUAUUGCAUCAAUGGCGAAGCCACCUAGAGCCAUAUUGGAUCUCUGCGGGCUCAAGUUCAUACAAGACAAGUCUUUCAGGGCUCCUGCCAAGCUUCCUCCCAUGGAACUUCCGGGUGUCGAGUUCAGAAAGAAGAUCUACGAGGACGUUCCUCCACCGACCUCGGCCCCGCCACCAUUUGGUCCCAAGGGAUUCGAUGUCACGAGUUACCGCAACGCGUGGCUCUUCGGAACCAUGAAAGAAGGCAGACUUUUCGAUGAACUAGUGCCUGAUGGGAACUAUGAUAACAUAGACCCCGCCGUACUGCUCACGACCUCUUGUCCCCCAACCUUUUUUGUACACGGCUCGGCCGACACGUCCGUUAAUGUCGAAUUGUCUGAGCGCGCACACAAGACGCUGAAAGAAAAAGGAGUCGAAUCUGAGUUGAUCGUGGUGAAUGGAGCUGGCCAUGCUUUUGAUCAAAACCAGAAGCCUGGAGAUCCAGGCUAUGAAGCCGUGGUCAAAGGCUUGGAGUUCUUGCGAGCACACACUUAA